CCAGUCUGGCUCCACCUACUUCGGAAGGACUCCAGCUCCCCAAGAUCCCUCUGCUCCCCACAGGAUGGGAGCCUGGGCACUGGAGGCCCGGUCAUGAGGGACUGCUGCUCUUCUCCAAAGCCUAUCCCUGCACCCCCAAAGCACACCCUUGACCAAAGCCUAGGCAUGGACUCCAGACACAGCAGUUCCAGUGGGGUUGGGGAAGGGGCCUCCUGUUCUGAGAACCCUGCUGGGAGCUUAGCCUGCCCAUCUCCUACCUGCAGCCCUCUCCCAGAGACAGUGAGAGCACAUGGAGCCUUGACCUCAGAAGCCUCUGAAACUUUGUUUGGGAAACCAGAGCCCAUGUCCUCAGCAGAAGCUGCUCCCACAGUCGCAGAGAUCAGAAAUCCUGUGUUCUCGGAGAAGAUGGAUUCCAACUCCUUGAAGCAAGCAGAUUCUACUUCCGCACGAAAGGAAGAGGCUGGGUCCUUGAGGAAGGAAGAGUCCAUGUUGAAGGGAAAAGCAGAGCCUACGAUCUGUGGCAAGGGGGAGCCUGGGACCGUGGGAAGAGUGGACUGCACAGCUCCAAGGGAAGAGGAUUCUGGGUCCUUGGGAAGAGUAGACACAGCAUGUUCUGGCAAAGUGGAUAUAGUGUCCCCAGGAGGAGAGAAUGCUGGGUCUUUAAGAAUGGUAGAGGCUAUAUCCUCAGGCAAAAUGGAUCCAAAAAAGGAAAACCUCGUGAAUUCCAGAAAAGAGCACCCUGCAUCCACAGGAGAGGGAGAUCUUGUAUCAUUGAGGAAAAAUGAUAUGAAAUCCCCAGAAAAGGCAGAUCCUGCAUCCACAAAAAAGACAGAUCCUGGGUUCUCUGGAAAGCUAACUCCAGGAUCAUCAGGCAAGACAGAGCUUGACUCCUCAGUAACUGUGGCUCCUGUAACCUCUGAAAAUGUGAAUCCUGUAUGCUUGGGGAGAGCAGAUCCAGCUGUGGGGACUACAGAAACUCUGUCCUCAGCCAAAGAGGACCCUCGGUUUCUUGGAAAGAAAGAACCUGUCUCCUCAGAAGAGACUGGGCCUGUGUCUGUGGGAAUGACAGAAACAGUGUCUGCCAGACAGCCAGAAGGUAUGUUUCCAGCAAAGACAGAUCCUACAUCUUCAAGCAGUACAGGACCUUCAGGCAGAGUGGACCCUGUUUCCUUAAGAAAUUCGGAACUUGUGUCCCCAGUGAAACCAGAACACUUGUCUUCUGGGCAGGCAGAACGUGUGUCCUUGGUCAAAACAGAAACCUUAUCCUCAGGAAAAGAAGACCCAAGGUUCUCUAGAAAGGUGGAUCACACGACUAUCACAGGAAACAUAAAAACAUUUCAAAAGGGGAAUCCCGAGUCUUCAGGAAAGACGGUCCCUGGGUCUUCGAGUUCAGGAGAUACCAGGUCUCUGGGGACUUGGGAGUCCCUGUCUGCUGCAAAAGCUGAGGUGACUGAGGGGAAAGGAGACCCACAGUCCUUGGAGAAGGCAAGUCUCCCAGCCUCAGAGAAAGCUGAUCCCCUGGCUUUAAGCAAGGCGGGCUCUGCAAGCCAGGGAAAGUCAGAAACUGUUCCCUCUGGAGAAGUGGGCUCCAUGACUUUGGGAAAAACAGUCCCAACGAGUUCAGGAAAAACGGCUUUGGUGUCCCCAGGGAAGGUGGAUCUCGUGGCUUCAGAAAGAGCAGAAGGCGUUCCAGAGCUGAAGGCUCCAGAGAAAGGGAAUCCCGGGAACUCCACACAGGUGGACACCAGAGUCUCAGGGAGUACUGAGCCCAAAUCUGGGGUCAAAGUCGUAACCCAGCUUCCAGGUGCCACACCCCCGGGAAAGGUGGAAGCUCCGUCUUUACAAAAAGAGCAGCCACAACUGUCCGAGAAGACGGAUCCCUCCAGAAACGUCGACCCCACCCCGUCUUUGGAAACUGUGUCCCUGGGGAAGGCUGACUCUGCGUCUCCAUCUCCUAGAAAAGCAGAGUCUCAGACUUCGGCAAAGACUGUCCCUCAGGCUCCAGACAAGGCCACAUCCUCUUUCGGGCAAUCAGAUGGUACACCCUGCAGCUCAGCCCAGCCCCGGAGAGAUACCAGGAGCCUCGGGGCCUUGCCAGAGCAGGAGCCCUCUGCCAGCACCAGCCAGAAAGACCUAGCGGCAGCAGCGGCUCAGAAGAGCCCCAGCGCGGAGGGUGCAGCGCCCCCACCGGGGCCGCGGACUCGCGACAACUUCACCAAGGCGCCGUCGUGGGACGCCGGAGCGCCACCGCCGCGCGAGGACGCGGGCACGCAGGCUGGCGCGCAGGCCUGCGUCUCGGUGGCGGUGAGCCCCAUGUCCCCGCAGGAGGGCGCGGGCGGCCCGGCCUUCAGCUUCCAGGCGGCGCCGCGUGCGCCCAGCCCCGCGCCCAGGCCGCCGUCGCGCCGGGACGCGGGCCUGCAGGUGUCACUGGGAGCCGCCGAGACGCGCUCGGUGGCCACGGGGCCCAUGACCCCGCAGGCCGCCGCGCCGCCCGCCGUGCCGCCGGUCUUCCCCGAGGUGCGGGUGCGGCCAGGCUCGGUGUUGGCGGCCGCCAUGGCGCCCCAGGAGGCGGCCGAGCCGGUGCGCGACGUGAGCUGGGACGAGAAGGGCAUGACGUGGGAAGUGUACGGUGCCUCCAUGGAGGUGGAGGUGCUGGGCAUGGCCAUCCAGAAGCAUUUGGAGCUGCGUCACGCCUCCGAGGAGUGA